AUGUCCGACGUCACUAUUGAUCUUUCCAAAGUGUCUCAUAUUGUUGUUGAUUGGGACGAAACAAUCACGAAGAUUGCGACAAUACAUCUUCUGGCUGCAGCGGCAUAUCAGAUUAAACCAGAAUUAGAACCCAAAUGGAAAGCUUUGAUGGAAAAUAAUGUUGCUGAGGUCUCAAAAUUUGCCUCAUUAUUUAAGCCCACUACUUUGGCACUGAGCAGCACCCCGGAGCUGGACGCCGAAAUUGAAUUUCUUGAAGGUCUUAAGCCUUUGGAGUAUGGUUUGACUAAAAAAAUAGAGGACUCUCAAAUAUUUAAGGGUUUAAAUCCAGCAGUUUUUUUAGAUCUUAUUCCUCAGAUUGAAUUUAUCGAUGGCUGGUGGGAUUUUGCCAAAAUGGUUGAAUCCGCCGAUGACCCUCCAGGGAUUGUUAUUUUGAGCCAAGGUCUCUCUUCAGAGUUUGUGCGGGCGGUAAUUGAUGCCAAUUAUCCCGAAAAUAAAAUUAUAAUUUAUGGUAAUGAUAUUGACUGGGAUACUGGAAAGAUUUUCCCUGAAGGCUACCAGGUUGACGCCAAAUUUGAAGAAAGUCUCACGGAUCCUGCCGUCGUCCAUGGCUAUGUGCGUAAUAUUACGGACAAGGAGCGCAUUGUAUCUAAACUCAAAAAAGAAGCUUUGAAGGUUGGAAAGGACUUGUGGUAUUUUGGAGAUAGUCCUGUAGACACACUUUCCUUGUUGGUUUCAAGUAGAGGCGUUGUUGUGAACAAUAAGGAGACUUUUGAUAAUCUUACUGAUGAGCUCAAGGUUCCUGAUCUCGGCUAUAUUGCCAACUGGAAUGAAAUUAAAUUUGAAAGCACAUGA